AUGGCGAAAGAGCAAGACGCCAGCAGUAGCGUCGGAGUAGCUUCUAUCCACGCACCGACCACCAUCCCGGAAGAGCCGACGCCCGUCUCGCCAGCAUCAGCCGCCAUUCCCAUCGAUGCGGAAGCAUCCGACUCUGCUCAACAAGCAGCAGCAUUGGUACCAUCCUUGCAGCCAGAGAUAGCACAGCAACAGCAGACUCAACCAGCGUCCGGCCGUUUCAUCGAAAUCAUCUCCAGCGACGGAUCGCGCGCUUCUGCCGAAAACGAUGCAGAGCCUCAGCCCAAGCAGUUCACCACCGCCUCAAAGGACGUCCUCCCAGCGACCGAGCGGCAAGCUCGCCCGUCCAAGUCAGGAUCAAACAUUUUUCGACGAGCUUCCAAGAGGAAGAGUGUUCAGUCGACCAGAGCAGAUACGCUAACUUCACCCUCCCAGCCCGCACAAGCUGCCAACGUACACGCCCAUUGCGUCUCGCCGAGCACCGAAGGUAGCACACAGAAGACCAGUCCAAGUCCCAACGGCCUCAGCUCGCCGUCAGACGAAGAUGGCCGACACCAUAGAGCUUUCAAGAAGAUCAAUGGCGAAACAUCGGAUACUCAAGAGCACACAUCACACAACGACCGCAACUGCAAUCAUGACGGAGACACCGACAAAGAUGACCAACAGCAUUCCAUACUGGAUGCUCUCUAUCCCUUGACCAACUUCAUCGGCUAUCGACCGCUUUCACACCCACACACACCGGCCGAGCGACGCUUGACAUCCAAGCAUCCCAGAUUCAAUCGCUACCACUACAUCUGCGGCUGCAUCUUCAGCCUGGGUCUACCAGUGUCGGGUGAGACCGGAGAGAUUGCCAGGUACCGCGAUCCGCACACUGGAAAAAUCGAGCUUGUCCGCAUGUACAAGGAUCAAGUUGGCGCCAAAAUCGUCAACUCGAUCCACUCAAUCAUCGCCGCUUGGGUUGUCAUCGCUCUGCUCAGCUUGGUCAGCAGAUCGCCUUUUCAUCGUGCUCACGACGCACCACUCAUUAUCGGCGCUUUUGCCACCGAAGCCGUCGUCACCUUCUAUGGCUAUCGAACACCGCUAGCCCAACCCAAGAAUAUUCUCUUCGGCAAUACUAUCUCUGCCGUCAUGGGUGUGGCCAUGACCAGGGCGUUUGCUUCGACUACCUACAGCGUCAGUGGCAUCUAUGGUGUCGACUGGGCCGCAGCGGCCACUGCUGUCAGCGCAGCUGUGUUUGCUAUGCAGAUCUUCGGUUUCACCCAUCCGCCGGGUGCAGCCAUUUCUCUGCUGGCUAUCACCGAUCCAAAGACGCACGAGCUCGACUGGUGGCUCGUUCCCAUCGUCAUCAUCGGCACGCUCAUUGUCAUUGGCUGGGCACUCAUCAUCAACAAUCUCGGCGGAAGGAGGUAUCCCGACAACUGGUUCUACGUCAACGCAUUCGCAGAGCCACCCAUCAUCGGCCCGGAAAAGCUCCCCUUCAGCAACUCGCCAUAUUACCUGCCGUCUUGCACACACGGUCACAAGAGGAAGCCAUGCAGAAAGCAGGGCGAGGAGGCGCAAGAGAAAGGGUUUUACAGGGUACCUGAUUCAGGUGUAAGAUUGACGCACGGAUUUGGUUCGUCGACAAACGAUCAGCUUGAGCCACGGCCGAAAUCGAACGUGACAGCGACAGCAGGUCACGCUUCGUAUAGUCUGGGUGGCGCGGCAAGGGUUCGUCACUUGGAAUCGGUCGAUUCGCAAGUCGCCAGUGGAUCGAAACAGUCGCUCAGUGCAGGCGUCAAUGAAGCAAGCGCAGAGGAUGGCAGAACGACGAGAGCUUCCGAAAUCACAAAGGUCAAUUCACUCGAGGCACCAGCCGUGCUGUCCAGCCAUGGCUACAGCGCGAUGCAUCAGCAGCAGCAAGAGUCAGCAGUUGCGUCGACAACUGCAAAGUCAGCACCAAGUACAGCAGCUGCUGCUCCGCCUGCGCCACAGGUCAAAUCUCGGAUGAUCGAGGCAGACCCCACACUAGUCUCAAGGAACAACUCGAAGAGCAGCAGGAGGAGCAGAAGGUCCAUUGUAGUCCACGUUAACGAGAGCAGAAGACACUCGACCGGAUCCACGACCAAGGCCUCGCCUGUACCUGCCGUGCAAUGGCGAGAUCCCUAG